AUUAAAUAUUAAAAGCCUUAUCAUAAUAUCCAUUGCAAGGUGUAGCUACUAAGAGAGCUAUUCACCUUAAUUAGUAAAGUGAAAAAACGGCUUUGGCCGUCAACAAAAUGAACUUUAAGUUGUUAGUAAUAGUGUUUUGCAUAUGGGCUAAAGUAUUAGCCCAGGAUACAGACGUUGAGACAGUUUUGGACUCCAAAAAUGAGUCCACGGAACAGCUAAGCCCUGUUGAAGAACUACCUCCAGAGGAAAACCCAAAAACCGACAAAAUAGAACCCGACCCCACCCCUCAGUCAUCACCUGAAAAUGUCGAUAUCCCUAUUGUGCAAUCAAAUCCAGACAUAGAAAUUAGUGACCCUAUGACCAGCAAUGUGGCUCCACUGAACAGUGAUUUGAUUGGUGACAGGUCGAAUCCUUACAUAGUCACCGAGACCCGUUUGGCCGACGUUAGAUCGCAUUUUAUGUACCCUUAUUACAACGAGGGCGGUGAUAUUGAUAACAUGGGGGAUUAUCAGAGAGCUAUACAGCAGAGCACGAGUCAGAUUUACAAGAAUUUGAAUUUCCAGCUGCCCUUUUUCGGGUUCAGAUUUAACUACACCAGGGUCUCCCUAAACGGUUACUUGGAGUUCAGCGAUCCGCCCCCCAGUUACGUUAACUACCCCUUGGUGUUCCCCAACAAAAACUGGCCCAAAGAAAACGACCCCUCUUUCAUAGGCAUAUUCAUGUCGAAAUGCAGAGUCGGAACUAUAUACCCCGAGGACGUCGACCAAAGAACACCCGGUGUAUAUUUCAGAAUGGAACGCGACUUACGUGGCAGAUACGAUAAGUUGGGAGUUGAGCUCUACAACAGACUUAAAUGGGACAUCAGGGAAGGCGUUGUGGGGUCGGAAACCUUCGACCCAAAACACAUGAUCAUAGUUACCUGGAAAAACGUCUCGUUCAACGGAGGCUGGGGAUCCAACGCCCUCUACAAAACAAACACGUUCCAGAUGGUACUAGCAACCGACGAAGUGUUCACCUACGCCAUCUUUAAUUACAAACAACUCGCUUGGACCAGUCACACUGAAGCAGGCGGUUCAACUGACAAUGGUGAGGGUGGUACGUCAGCAUACGUAGGUUUCAACGCCGGAAACGGAACCAGAAGUUACCAGUACGUACCGUACAGUCAAGCGUCCGUUAUUAGAGAUUUAACAUCUACAGGGUGGGCAAACGGAUUCCCCGGAAGACAUAUUUUUAGGAUUGACGAGAAUAUUAUGCUGGGAACGUGUAACAAAGAUAUAGAUGGGGCAAAUUUGCCUCUGGUUUUUGCGCCGGAGAGUGGAAAUAUGUUGGGUGGCACCGUGGUUAAUAUAACAGGGCCUUGUUUCAAUGAAAACGUUCAAGUUAGAUGCGUUUUCGAUGUCGGUAAUGUUGUAGUGGGUAAAUAUAUAUCCAAAAAUAGGGUUAUAUGUGUACAACCCAGGAUGUACAUCGAGGGUUGGAUAGAUUUGGAAAUAUCGGUCGGAAAUGCUCCUUAUAAGUACAAGGGAAAGUAUUACAUAGAAAAUCCUGCUGCUGCAGCUCAAAAAAUUUUCUUCAAAGAUUUAAAACACACGGAAAAAUCACCGGCGGAAUUUUUGGUCACAUGGGAAAAAUACAAUUUAACAACGAACGAAAACGCGAACGUUAGAAUGUCGUUAUGGGGUUAUCGCGAGGUUAAUAUAAAACCGGACUUUUUAUACAUAACUGAGUUGAGUAGUAACGUGCAAAACUCUGGAUCUUUCAACAUCGUACCGUCACAGUACAGAAAUAGAAGAAACGAUUUUCUAGACGACAUCACCUUCGGUUUCAUACAAAUCAAUCUAACCGACACGAUAACCGUAAAAAAACCCGAUGGUUCGGUUUUCAGUGUCGAAAUAGAACCCGUGAUAUGGAGCAGACCUAUCCCGUUAGCGUGGUAUUUCAACGGCCAGUGGGAGGACAAAUACGGUAAAAGAUGGGUUGAAGCCCUGUGCGACAACUGGCUUAAAAACGACAGAUACCUGAAAAAUUUUGCCCACGAGUUGCCGCAAUGUCCAUGCACCUUAGAACAAGCUUUAAUCGACAAAGGAAGGUUUUUGCCCGACUUGGAAUGCGAUAAGGACACAAAUAGGGAUUGUCCUUUCAAUGAUAAGGCUGAGCACUGCGUUAAAACUGGAUCUCCAACGUUGCCAGAUGUAACAUUAAAUAUUCAUCAAACUCAACCUUUUAUUGUACACAGGGUUGAGGGAGCUGAACAGCAAUGUUGCUACGACAAAAACCACUACUUAAUGAUGUCCUAUGAUCAGCAAUGGGGUUCCACACCUAGACGUUGCCAUAACUUAGGUUACCUCCCAUGGAAUGAAGCUACAAAAGUCCCUACGUUGUCUCAAUGGCAAUACGAUGUAAUGCCAAAGUACAUGUGUUGUUUGUGGCAGGAAGAACAGGCUGUCGGUUGCGAGACUUUGCGUUUUGAACGAAGACCCACGCAAGAUUGCGUAGCAUAUCAAGCUCCAGGUAUAGCUGGUAUCUAUGGCGACCCCCACAUCAUCACUUUCGAUGAUUACCCUUACACUUUUAACGGCAAAGGAGAAUUCGUAAUUCUAAAAACAGUUUCGAAGACGAACAACCUGGAAAUCCAAGGCCGGUUCGAAGAAAUGCCAAUGAACGCAUACGGUGACGUCAAAGCCACCCAACUUUCCUCCGUGGUUGCCAAAGGUAACUCUUCAACCAUCAUCGAAAUCCGCUCCAGACCUCGAGAAGCCAGAUGGCGCUACCGUCUGGACGUUCUGGCCAACGGCAAACAAAUUUACUUCGACAGACCAUCGUUGAAAUUCCAGCACUUCUCCGGUGUCACCGUAUACACCCCCACUUACAUCUACAACCAAUCCGAAGUUGUUGUUAUGUUUGAUAACGGAGCCGGUCUGGAGGUCAUCGAAAAUGAUGGAUUUUUGUCCGCCAGAGUCUAUCUACCCUGGAGUUUUAUUGUAAGUAAACUUACCGUUUUAUUACCCACACCUUACCGCUUAUUGUUUCAACUUACCGCUUUAUUGUCCAUGCCUUACCGUUUAUCGUUAAAUUUACCGUUUUAUUGCACACCUUACCGUUUAUUGUUUAAACUCACCGUGUAUUACAAUAAGAAUUGUACAAUUCAGAACAAGACUAGAGGCCUGCUGGGAAACUGGUCCUUCAAUCAGCUCGACGAUUUAGCCUUACCGGACGGCAGGAUAGUCUCCUUACCGUCCAAAGAUGAGGAUCAAAAAAGGCUGUACGACGAUUUUGGUCUGAAAUGGAUGUUGGACGAUAGCGACGUCCCCGAUGUCGGACGCGCCAUGUUUUACCGCGAAUUCGGCAGGUCUUCUUCCACCUACAACAACAAAACUUUCGUACCCGAGUACAAGUUUAAGCCUGAAGAUAUCAUACCGGCGAAUCGGUCCAAGUUUAUCGAAGAUGCUUACCAAAUAUGCUUCACGGACAACAGAGAGUGCCUCUAUGAUUAUUCGGUGACGUUGAAUAGAGACGUGGCUCAUUUCACGAGUAACUACAAGGCGACUAUAUUAAAAAUGAAGGAGAUAAGUCGGGACAAAAUUAUAUCUUGCGGUGUCCUGGAAACGCCAAGGUUCGGUAGAAAAAAUACUUACCUCUUUACUCCGGGUACGAAGGUUACUUAUGAAUGUAAUACCGACUUUAUUUUGGUGGGAGACCCGAGAAGAACUUGCUUGCCGAAUGGUAGAUGGGACAUACCGAAUUACGGAUACACUGAGUGUUUACGUCAGCAGGAGUACUCCUCUAGGACCGCAGCUACGACUUGGGGAAUAAUUCUGGCGAUUCUCAUACCAUUAAUUUUGUUGUUACUAUACGGGGCGUGGAGAGUUUACCAAAACUACGUCGACACCGACGAUACUACGUGGAAGUACGACCCUGCGUCUCGUAGGGCCUCUAGCGUGCAAAAACUGAACACCAAGGCGCCUGUGGAAGAAUCGGAGGAGUACGAAACCGAUUAUGACGAUGCCGAUGACGAGGAAGUCAAACCGAGAUUAAGAAGCAACUCGCAGACGUCCAAGUCCAGCAAUAAACGUAGGAGCUACGAAAAAAGCUACAAAACCAACGAGCCCAUAAAGGGUCUUCCAGAGACUGAUUUUGAGGAAAAACCAUGGGACCCCGAGGUCGACGGCAGCGUCUUGUCGAGCCCCAUGUCAUCACCCAUACAAAGACCGCCACCUUUGACUUUACCGCAGAAAAAACCCACCAGAUAUAGCAGUCAAAGCCAACAAGAAUAUUCCCAAAGACAAGCAGGCUACGCCUCUGGCUUCUCAUUGGCCAUCAUAGUGCCCUUGGUGAUACUUUUUGUUUUUAUUGCUUACAAAUGGCUGCAAAAAAAACAAAAGGAGCGCGACGAGGACGAAAAUGACGUGCAAGUGCAAAAAUUGCAAGCGCAAAGUAGGUCCCGAACUAAAUUAAAUACAAAUUAUUCUGACAAUGACGAUGAGGAUGACAGUAUUAAUAAGUCUGGAGUGGGUCUACAAAGUCCAGAACCGGACUCUGAUUUAGACAAAAAAUCAACAAUCAAAAAAGAAUAUCGGCAUUUAGAUCGUGUUUCGUGGCCAGGAAAACCGCAAAUUCCGGUUAAUCGGCUGUUAACAGUGCUUAACGAGAGUUGCCGAAAGUUACCGAAAGAUCCGUGGAAAGACCUUCUGUCAGUGUUCCUACAAACAACAAGCUACGGCCAGCACUUGAAAAGAAGAAGAAAAGAAAGACAAAAACAAAAAGCAAGAAACAGUGUAAGGAAGGAAGAAAGAAAGGAAAGAGAAGAAGGGGUAGAAAGAUCAGAACAGUUGUUGGCAGAAAUUUUAGCAGUGGAAGGGGUUGUGAGUCACGCCAGUAGAAGGAGUGGAGGUGUGAGAUCAGGAACUGCGACAGUGGUGAGUUCAAUUGGUUCUCGCGUAGUCCCACUAAGCACGACGGAGAGCCCCAGGCAAACGGGGCCACAAGCUCGUGUCUCGGGGAAGGACUGUGUUCCCCCCGCCAAGCGACGCUGGGUCCCACCAUCAACUUUGCGACAUCAGGAUGCACUCACUCCCGAAGCCCGCAACGAUCAGGUGUUCCGCAAGGUGCGCGGCAUCCUCAACAAGCUCACGCCCGAAAAGUUCAAGAAGCUGAGCGACGACCUGCUGCGCAUCGAGCUGCAAUCGUCCGUAAUACUGCGCGGAGUGAUUUACCUGAUCUUCGAGAAGGCCUUGGACGAACCGAAGUACUCGUCUAUGUACGCGCAGCUGUGCAAGCGGCUGACGGAAGAGGCGCCGAACUUCGAGCCGGAAGGCAUCCCGUGCACGUUUCGCCUGCUGCUGCUCAACAAGUGCAAGUUGGAGUUUGAGAACAGAGCGAACGUGUACGAGAAUGCGUGCGCGAGCGACGCGCAGGCGCAGACCCUCAGCGAGGAGGAGGAGGAGCGGCGCUACCUCGCCAAGCGCAAGAUGCUCGGCAACAUCAAGUUCAUCGGCGAGCUGGGCAAGCUCGAGAUCCUCAGCGAGAGCAUCCUGCACAUCUGCAUCAGAGAACUGUUGGUGCGCCGGGGCGAGGAUCCCUCCGAGGACCUCGAGUGUUUGUGCCAAAUCCUGCGGACGUGCGGCCGCGUCCUCGACUCCAGCAAGGGCAAGAACCUCAUGGACCAGUACUUCGAGCGGAUGCGCCAGCUGGCCGACAACCAGGACCUCAACUGCCGCAUCCGAUUCAUGCUCAAGGACGUGCAGGACCUCAGGCACGACGGAUGGGUGCCCCGCAAGGCCACCCAGGUCGAGGGACCGGUGCCCAUGAGCCAGAUCAGACCCCAGGAAGACGACAGAUCCAACCAGUCCUACAGAAGGUCCAGAUCCGACCGGAAUUCCGGCGAUCCGGUCCGGCCAGCGGCCGAAAUUCCGGUUCCGGCAGGAUCGGCAAAAUACCCGAUCCGGGACAGAAACAACCACCACGACCGCGACAACGACCGGUCGAACCUCAGCGAGCUGUUCCGGCACCCGCUGAAGACGCGCACCGGCUUCGACGACGUCCUCAUGGGCAUCAACCUCUCCUCCUCGCCGAACCUCAUCCACUCGAACGCCAACAACCAUCCGUUCCAGGCGAACGGCUUCGGAGGCGGCGGCGGUGGCGGGGGUGGAGGCGGCGGCGGCAACCAGCGCGAGGGCUCCUACAGAGGGCACAACAACCAGCGCUCGGGCGCCUACAACAACUACAACAACCAGCGCGGCCAGUACAACAGGAACAUGCAGAACAACUCGCAAUACAACAACCAGAGCAAAAACAACGACCUGGCGCCCAGGUUCAAGAAGAACCUGAUCGUCUCGAAGGAGGAGAUGAGCGAGGUGGAGCUGCGUCCGACCACCAUGCUCUUCAACAAGGCCUCCGUGAAAUCGAACAACAUAAUGAACAGCCGCAGCAUGGAGCCGCAGCUGACCACCAACAACGUCAAGCAAUCGUCCUCGUUGGUGAAGGAACCGCUGCCGAUAAAGCAGGUGCCGCUGGACAAGCCCAAGCAGUCGAAAAAGGACAAGGGGCCCAACAAGGAGGAGAUCCUCAAGAAGUUCGGCACCCUGCUGGAGGAGUAUUGGCGCGGCGACGUCGACCUCAAGCAAGCGAUAAACUCCUACAAGGAGCACAAGGUCCCCGACAAGUUCGCCAAGGACCUCGUCCUCAACGGCCUCACCACCGCGCUGGAAAAAUCCGACGUGGAGCAGGAGAAGCUGAUCAAGUACCUCAGCAACCUGAAGGAGGAGAACGCGGUGAGCGGGCACUCGGUGCAGGAGGCGUUCAAGUCGCUCUGCUGCGUGCUCGAGCAGCGCGACAGCGAGCAAACGAAGGCGACCACUUCGGCGUCGGUGCUGCUCGCGAUGGCCAUCGCCGAGCAUCUGGUGCUGCUCGGCGACGUCGCCCAGCUGACCGACAACGGCACGCACUACCCGCUGUUCCUGUCGGUGCUGCAGUACGUGCACAAGAAGCGCGGCCGCAGCGAGCUGUCCGAGCUCUUCAACAAGAGCAAGGUGAACCUACUGAAUCAACUUCCGGAAAGCGAGCGCAGCAAGGAACGUCUCGGCGAGAUCCUGGAGGAGAGGGAGCUGACGUUCCUGUACCCCCUGCUGCGCAUCCAGGCCGACCUGGGCAGGCAGCUGCACGCCGAUCCGAACCCGUCGAACUUCUACAAGUGGAUCAAGGAGAACCUGGACGCGAGCACGUUCACCGACCCUGGCUUCAUCAACGCCUUGAUGACCGUUUUGCUCAAGUACAUCGCCAACGAGGCGUCGUCGGCGUCGGCGGCGGCCUCGAACGCCGACGAGAAACAGAUAACCGAGAAGGAGAAGGGCAUGCUGGUGCGCUACCAGCCGAUCCUGCACGCGUUCCUGCGCGAGCGGCCCUCCCUGCAGCUGGUGGCCGUCUACUCGUUGCAGGUGCACUUCCACGGGCUCGGCUUUCCGCGCGGUCAGCUCCUGCGAUGGUUCAUGGCGCUCUACGACCUGGAGAUCGUCGACGAGGAGGCCUUUCUCAACUGGAAAGAGGACGUCACGGACGCCUAUCCGGGAAAGGGACAGGCGCUCUUCCAGGUGAAUCAGUGGUUGACAUGGUUGCAGGAAGCAGAGUCGGAGGAAGAAGAGGGUGACGAGUAGUAGAUGAAUAAUAAAAAAAUAAAUAAAUCACAAAAAAAGGACAGAUUGAUUUAGGAAACUUUUACAUAUUAUUAAUUAAGCUAUUAAAAAUAUACAUAAAUAUGCGCAGUGACUGGAUGUCCUGUUUUCUAAAAAACAUCUGAUACAACCAACCACAAUAUAAAUGUUUAUGAUCGUAUUUCAUAAUAAUUAUAAUUUUAAAUUAAUUAAUUUCGACUGAUGCUUGCAUUCGGUCUCUAUAUAUAUUUUUUUGUUGGUCGUCUGCUAGUGAAAUUGUUCAUAGGUUCAUAUUGUGUGUGAAUGAAACGAUUAAUUAUAUUAUUAUAUUGAUUACCUAAUUAUUGGAAACGUAAAUUUUUAUUUUAAAAGUGAUGUAGAUCUGUAAGUUUAUAUGAUUAAAAUAACACCCCCAACCAUUUUGAAUGUGUACUGAUUUUAUAUGGUACUUUGCACUUACAAUAAAUAACACAGGCCGACAAAAUAAAUUUUCCCUUUUCUGCAGGGCAGCCAACAACUUUUCCACGAUAAUUCGGUUGCUUAAAUUACCCUAGAAAAGUUGUUGGCUACCCUGCAGCAAAAUGGGUGUUGACCAGUGUAAAAUAAAAACUCGACUAUCCAGUUCGGGGCCUUGAGUCACCCAGAAUGCUGCUCUCAACUCAUAACCUCAAUUUUUUCACUCCAACUUGCAAUCACUUGAAAUUGGCAUUCCCAACUCGGCUCCGAACGAAAUAUAUUGAGCUUUGAAACUAUAUAUACUUUUAUAAAAUGUGUUCUGAUUUUGUAAUAUUUUAUGUCAACUACUGUAUUUUCUCAAGUAUUUUGUUACAAAAAAAUAGUUCAUUUUCCUAUACACUUUAGAUUAGUCAAUGUCUCACUAAAAAAAAUAAACAUGUACUGUGAAAGUUUGUGUUAAUAAAUUAUUCGGUGGUAUUUUGCUAUCGAUGUAAAUUUUAAAAA